UUAAAUUCAUUAUCCAUACUUACGUUGGUUAACGUCAUGGCUUAAUAGAGCAUAUAAGAAAAAUACUGUAAAAACCUUAUUCCAUCUUUUGCUAUAAAUAUUUGUUUCGAGCUUAUCAAUUGAACCAUCGUUUAGUUAUUAAUCGCUAUUGCUACUCGUUGUUAGUCUUUUCUUCCCAGUGUUUGAGAAACAAGGAAAACGUGUGUUUAGAGGUGUGAGAUUGAAACCAAACACAAGCAUUUUAAUCAUGGGGAUUAUCUCUCAAGAAUGGAAGCUUUCAUUGGCAAUACUACUACUAGUACUAGUGUUGUUGAUAGGGACACCAUUCUCAUCAGCUGCUGCUAACAAGACUAAUAAAAAUGUCAAAACAAAUGUUUUUCUGUCACCCAAAAUUGAACUAAGUCCGGGACUUGUUUCAAACAAAAUAUACUAUGACGUUGAAUUUCCAAGAGGUCAUAUUUCACUCAAGAGUUUCAAUGCUGAACUAGUUGAUAAAUCGGGAAAUUCUAUACCUCUCUAUCAAACUUAUCUACAUCAUUGGGUUGUUAUAAGAUACCACCAACCUAAAAAUGUGACACAAAAUAGCCAAGAAGGUAUUACUUUUCUAAGAAAUAAUGGAUUUUGCCAAGAUGAUUCUUUAACACAAUACUAUGGUCUUGGUUCUGAAACAAGAGAUACAGAAACAUAUAUUCCUGAUCCUUAUGGGAUAGAAGUUGGUAAUCCUUCUGAAAUUCCAAAAGGGCAUGUGGAAAAAUGGUUGAUUGUUGUACACGCUAUUGAUACAAGGGGUGUGGAAGAUAGGUUAGGGUGCAAUGAGUGUAAAUGUGAGUUGUAUAAUAUUACAAAAGAUGAAGAUGGUAAGAAUUUAAGUUCAAAUUACAAAGGAGGUUUGCAAUGUUGUCCUGAUGGUAGCAAGUGCAAGUUGAAGAAAGGGUUUUUAGGUCCUAUAGAAAGCAUUUAUUUGAAAUAUACAGUUAAGUGGAUCAAUUGGGAUAGUAACUUUAUGGUGCCUGCAAAGAUUUAUAUAUUUGAUGUGACUGAUACUGUGAAGAUAUCAAAUAAGUCUAAAGCAAUUAGUCUAAAGCAUGAUUGCAAGGUAGAAUAUGAAGUUGAACCUUGCAACAAAAGUAAUUUGAAUGGUAGUGGUUGUGUUGAUGUGAAGAGAACAAGUUUUCCGAUGCAAAGGGGCGGUUAUGUCAUCUAUGGAGUUGGUCAUCAACAUGCAGGUGCAAUUGGAUCAACUCUAUAUGGACAGGAUGGGAAUGUUAUAUGCAAUUCAACCGCAAAAUAUGGAAAUGGGGAGGAAGCAGGAAAUGAGAAAGGGUAUGUUGUAGGAAUGACAACUUGUUAUCCUCGACAAGGCUCUAUCAAGAUAGUUGAUGGUGAAACGUUAACACUAGAGAUUAAGUACAAUAACAACAUAAGACACUCUGGAGUAAUGGGGCUUUUCUAUUUCUUGGUGGUAGAAAAGCUUCCACACCAUGUCUAACAUUCCUAUCAUGUUAGGCCAGAAAAAUUCUAUGGUAGACCAUUUGAUACGGAGUUCAUGGUUAUGAACUUAUGGUAUUUUUUAGAAAUAUAAUUACUUUACAAUCUUUUUCAUUCCAAUAAGUCAGACAGCGAUUUGUUUGUUCAUUUUUCUAUAUUUUUGUCGAAAUGACUCGCCAUCUCAUGAAAACAAUAAUAAUUGUGACUUCCUACUUCAUAGGAGGAAUAUCAAUCAUUUUUU